AUGAAAGAGAUAGCCCAGUGCUUUGAGACUGUAAACAAAGCUAUCGCCGACUACUUAGGCAGCAAUGGAUACACGGACGCGCUGGAAGCGUUCAAGAAGGAAGCGGAUAUGACAGGCGAAAUGGACCGCAAAUUUGGUGGUCUCCUCGAGAAGAAGUGGACGUCUGUUAUCAGGCUACAGAAAAAGGUGAUGGAACUAGAAUCAAAGCUCUCCGAGGCGCAGAAGGAGUUUAUAGAGGGUGCACCUACGCGUGCUAAGCGCACGCCCACUGAGUGGAUACCUCGUCCGCCAGAGAAGUUCAGCCUCACCGGCCACCGUGCUACUAUUACUAAGGUAAUAUUUCACCCAGUGUUCAGUUUAUUAGUGUCAUCGAGCGAGGACGCCACCAUCAAGGUGUGGGAUUUCGAAAAUGGCGACUUCGAACGAACCCUCAAGGGUCACACUGACUCUGUUCAAGAUAUUGCUUUCGACCAUUCUGGAAAGUUGUUAGUAUCAUGCAGUGCUGACAUGUCGAUUAAGCUGUGGGACUUCAAUCAGACAUUUGAAUGUGUGAAGACAAUGCACGGUCACGACCACAAUGUAUCAUCUGUGUCUUUUUCGCCCAGUGGGGAUAUUGUCUACUCGGCCAGCCGAGAUAAGACCAUCAAGGCAUGGGAGGUUGCUACAGGGUACUGUGUUAAGACGUACAAGGGUCACCGUGAGUGGGUUCGUAUGGUGCGUGUGUCAGCUGAUGGAGGCCUUCUCGCAUCUUGCUCCAACGAUCAGACUGUACGCAUCUGGAACGCUGAUACUAAUGAGUGCAAGAUGGAGCUACGCGAGCACGAGCACGUGGUAGAGUGCGUCUCAUGGGCGCCUGAGAGCGCCGCAGCCGCCGUCAACGAAGCGGCCGGUGGUGACAACCGUCGCGCUAACCACGUCGGACCCUUCCUCGCUAGUGGCUCCAGGGAUAAGUCUGUUAAGAUAUGGGACGUUAGCACCGGCGUAUGCCUGGCGACUCUUGUGGGGCACGACAACUGGGUGCGAGGUGCUGUGUGGCAUCCUGGAGGCCGCUACCUUCUGACAGCGUCUGAUGAUAAGACCCUCCGCGUAUGGGACGUGGCUCACACACGCUGCCUCAAGACUUUGUACGCGCACCAACACUUUGCCACCAGCCUCGAUUUCCACAAAAACUUGCCAUACGUCAUAUCGGGCAGCGUUGAUCAGACGGUCAAAGUUUGGGAGUGUCGUUAA